CAAUAACAAGAUCCAGACCGACACUUCGGAACUCGUUCACUCUUAUGUCAAGUAUAUAACUUCUCCAAUGGCAUCUAGUCUACUGGUACCUUCCUUUGGAAUCUUUUCAUGAUCGGUGAAUGAAGUAACCAGCACCAUGCUCGACGAGAACCUCCCUACAUUCUACCUCAAACCCUCCCGCCAAACCCCCCACCAAACCACCAUCCACCUUUACCAACACGGCAACGACCCGCAACCGACUUACACCCUGCGACACCCGGACCCGACCACGAUCGCGACCCCGGCGGACGCCCACAACCGCUACGCGGCCGCCCUCUACGACGCCCACGUCCCCUCCAUCUUGUACGGGGAAGUCCUGAUCCUCCCGCAAUGGACCACUCCGACCCUCUCCGCCGACGCCAUCCGCGCCAACAACGGCACCACCCCGGCGCCCGAACCCCUCCUCCCCACCACCUUCACCAUCAACCUGUACAACCCGGAUCAAACCGUCACCGUCCACUUCAAGCCCAAGUCCUGGAACAGCCCGGUGACCUGGUGGUUCGAGAUGCCGCAGCACAGCUUCCGGCAGCCGUCAACGUCGCGGCUCGAUCGCACCCAGGCCGACCCGGCCUCCGCCGACAUCACGCCGAAGCUGCGGUUCGCGUGGCGGAAGGACAGCAAGCUGAGCAAGGAUUUGACCUGCGUGCUGUCGGGCAAGACGACGACGCUCCCGGAGUCCAAAACCAAGGCGAAGGAGCCGGAUAUUACCGUGGCCAUGUUUCAGUCGCUGAAGGAGCUGACCCUGUAUGAGCCGAACCUCUACCGGGUGGAGAUGGAGGAUUUCAAGGGGCUGGAGGUCGUCUUGUUGUUGGCCGCCGUGACGAUCAGGGAUGUCUGGUUUGCGCCGCAGGGGUUGCGGGAGGCGUUCCGUGUGGGGAAGUCCGGGGCACCGGCAGCAGUUUCGGGGACUGGGAGUGGAGGGAGGGAGGGGGGCCCAGUCAAGCAGCAGAGACCUGUAGUAGGUACGACGAUAGGCUCCUCGGUGGCUAUGGCAUCGGGGGCUUUAAAUGCGUCGCCCUCGUCGCCUCUAGCGCCGUCAUCAUCGCCGACGUCACGACAGUCAUCGCAACAGCUGUCGAAACCCCUGCCGCAACCUGCGGUAUCACCGGCGGAGAAUUGGCGCAAAGAGGAGGAGCGCCGCACGCGGCUGUUACUGGAGGAAGAGGAGCGGACGCGACGACAGCGCGCGGCGGAGCGCCAGGCGGAGAUUGAUCGCGAGACGCUCCGGCUGCAGAGGAUCUAUGGUCAGGAGGAGGAGCGCGUGCGCAUGCAGGCGUCCGGGGUCCCGGGGCCGCUGCCCCCGCGGAUGAGUGCUGCUGCUGCUGCUGCUGCUGCUCCUGCCCCGAGUCUGCCCCUGAGGCCGGCGAACCCGCCACAGCCACACAGUUAUCCGUACCAGGAUGGACGGCCCCGGAUUCAUGGUGCAGGGCGGGUCGAUCCGCGGCACCAGUCGGUGGUGCGCUUUUCGUUGUCGCCGGAGCAGCAGCAGCAACAGGAACAAGCGAAACCGGCGUUGCAGCCGAAGAAGAGCAGUUUCUUUCGAUUACGACGGUCGUCGGCGGAUGAGGCGAAGUUGAGUAAGAAGCGGAGUUCGAUGUUUUGAAAUGAUACCCUUGCAUAUACUGUACCUGCAUAUGAAAUACG